CCUCCUGCUUCACGGGCUACACGGAGCGAGGCUAGCUGUUAGCUCGUUAGCUUCAACUAUCUGUCAGACUGUCAGGCGGCCGAGAUGAGUUUCCUAGGAGGUUUGUUUGGGCCGGUGUGUGAGAUCGACGUCCUGCUGAAUGAUGCAGAGAACAGAAAGACAGCCGAGUUGAAGACGGAAGAAGGGAAAGUGGAAAAACACUACCUGUUCUACGACGGAGAGUCCGUGUCUGGCAAGGUAAAUCUAAAUGUGAAGCAGGGAGGAAAACGACUGGAGCAUCAGGGCAUCCGCAUCGAGUUUGUUGGACAGAUAGAGUUGUUCUCUGAUAAGAGCAACACCCAUGAAUUUGUGGACUUGGUGAAGGAGUUGGCUCUACCUGGAGAACUCGCCCAGAACAGGAGCUACGAUUUUGAGUUCAUGCAGGUGGAGAAGCCCUAUGAGUCGUACACUGGAGCCAAUGUCAGGCUACGGUAUUUCCUCAGGGUGACGAUCGUCCGCCGCCUGUCUGACUUGGUGAAGGAAUACGAGCUGAUUAUUCACCAGUUGGCCACCUACCCAGACGUCAACAACUCGAUCAAGAUGGAGGUCGGCAUCGAAGACUGUCUGCACAUCGAGUUUGAAUACAAUAAAUCCAAAUACCACCUCAAGGACGUGAUUGUUGGGAAGAUCUACUUCCUGCUGGUCAGGAUCAAGAUCCAACACAUGGAGCUACAGCUCAUCAAGAAGGAGAUAACCGGCAUAGGUCCCAGUACUACCACAGAGACGGAGACGGUAGCAAAGUAUGAAAUCAUGGAUGGAGCUCCAGUUAAAGGAGAAUCGAUUCCCAUCAGACUGUUUCUGGCAGGAUAUGACCUGACACCCACCAUGAGGGAUGUCAACAAGAAGUUCUCUGUACGCUACUUCCUUAAUCUGGUGCUGGUCGAUGAAGAGGACAGGAGAUACUUCAAACAACAGGAGAUUGUUUUGUGGAGAAAAGCUCCAGAGAAAAUAAGGAAAAUGAACUUCCAGCGCUACGAGUCGCCCGAGCCCCGAACCCAGCCGGUGAAAGAAGAGCAGCCGGAGAUGUGAUGGCGACGCUCUGAACUGAAAAUACACACACACACACACACACACACACACACACCAAGUCGUCACUGCUGAGCAGCCAGAGGUGUGAGGUUCUGCCCCGCCGUCUCCCUGGACUGAGAAAUGUACACAUGAAUACACGCAACAUACAUUCAGACGUGCCCCGUCACUCCACAGCUUUCAGAUGCAAGCACUCCUCCUCCCCCCCCCCCAGGACUGAAACGCACUCGCAUACAGUCCUACAGGCGUACGAUCCAUGAAGGCUGAAAGCUCCGCGCCAAGGUAAGAGUGCACGUCAAGCCAACCCAAGUUAGGAGCAGUGAGGCAGCCCGCUUUGAAUCUUCGGGUCUCAGACUGAAAGCACACACACACACACAAGUGAAGCCGUGCAGUCUGUUUGCCCGAAGCAUAAAAAGACGAGAGCAAAGCGGGAAAAGAGAUGGCCACAGACGACCGACACGCCACUUCUCCCGUUGUUCUGCAGCUGGAGCUUCUUUUGUUUGCAGAUUUGGACUUUCUCUGGCAUCCCGAACCCCCUGUUACAAAAUGUAAAAAGUCUGAAUGGGAUAGCCGGAGAUUUAAAGUAUUCAAGUCGUGUGUGUGUGUGUGUGUGUGGAUCGGGAGGAGGCGAGAGGCCGAGCGAUGAGUCAUCUGUCCACGGCGAUGCCGCCGUGUUCUCGUCCAGCCAUCUCGCACCUAGCUGGGAAAUGAAGAGAGUUUCUCAGUUAAGUGUGUCGCAACAGCUCGCUGGCUGCUGCUUCCAUGCCGAGGUCUGUGCGGUGCAACACAUAUCCAUCUCAACACACGUUGAAUCAUCUAUUUCAUUUUCAAAUGUGGCUGUUUUGUGGAAAUGAAAACAUUUUCCACUCUUCCAUGUUUUCGUUUCACUCCGGCGAUGUUUGAUGAUCUUUAUCUUUUAUAAAAGAAUUUAACUAAAUAUAAUUAAUGUAAACGCCUCCAUUAUUCGGCACAUUCUUGAUUUAAUUAUUUUAGUCUGUAAAAUGUCAGAAGAAAAGGGUGAAAUGGGUCCGUCACGGGGAUCCCAGCGGCUGAGGUGGCGUUUACAGAUGUCGUCCUUUUUGUCUGACGGAGAGUGCAAAUGUGUUCAAUUUGCAAUUAAUUAACAGAGAAACACAGAAGAUGCUCACUGGAGACGCUUGAACGAAUGAAGCAAUUCAUCCGCCAUUAAACUGGGUUUUUAGUCUAUUUACAAAUGAACUAAUUGUUACGUCGGAAAGCAUCAAAUCCACGACUUGUUCAAGAUUCUUCAGUUCAAUAUGACUUCAGUCUCAUGUUCAGAUGAAUAUUUGUCUGCCUGGUUACUUCACCACCGCACGCCUUUUUUGUUUGAUAUUUAAAGUGCUGUUUAUUUAUGACAAAUCUCGUAGAUUAGUAACCAUUGUUUGUUUUCCCCAAAAUAUUUGAAGGGUCAGUUCACCAUAAAAUACAUUCUUAUUUUCCCACGCUAGAUGUGUGAAUGAUCUGGAUUUGCUUGAUGUUACAUUUAAUUUCCUUGUGCGCCACGCAUUUUGUUUCUUUGACCAUUUCACUGGGCUAGAGGAUGAAAUUGUAGAGCGAUAUUACAAAACUUGGACACAUUAAAUCUUUCUGGCUAAAACAUAAGAUGCGUUGUUGAAAAUGUAUGUCCGUCACAUGAGUAGUUUCUCUUAUUUUAAACGAUUCAUUAGAAGGAAUUAAAUGACGCUAACCAUGAUCUGCAGACUGUCGAUUCACAUUCAGUUUCACUUUAUUUUUUAUUUAUUUUUCUCUGUCAUGUUGCAGCAUCUUUCAGCCUGUUGGUGUGGUAGAAGUAGAAAACUAAUGUUUUUUAAAAAUGGCUCACGUCUGCUAUUGUUAGUGCUGGAAGGGAGGCUGUAUCAAUACACUGUAGAAUGCAACAAUAUUCCACUGUGACGCUCAGACCGGCAGUUUAGGUCCUGCUUUAAAGACUUGGUUGAAUUUCACUCUGAUCUGUGGCCAGUUUUGCACUUUCCCUUUUGAUGCUUAACUCUGUUUCAAAGGGGCAUGAAAGCUGGAACUAAACAUCACUCAAGGACAACUCAACCUCAGAUCUCAUGUGUCUAUAUUUGAAACUAUACCGACAUCUAUACAUCAUUUCUUCUUUUUAUUGGACUGGUUAAGAAGUACCCGAACAAGUCAUGUUAUAUGUUUAAUUUCAUAAACCUCUGAACACUCGCAUCUACAGUGCAGAUGUAUAUGUUCCUUUGCAAUAUGGUUUUCUUUUGUUUGGGAACAGUGUAAUUUAUUUGCAGGUAACGCUGUCUUUCUGUGUGUUACAUGUUGUCUUUCUAAACACUGUACCGGUAGGGUUUGUCUGGUGUACUUUAAAUACCUUCCAAGGUCAUGAAGAGACACUAAAAGGCCAACACUCUCUGCCCCCGUCUUAUCUACUGCAUGUUAAUCUUUACACAAUGUCUAAUCAUGCCAUCAUUGUGUGUGUCUGUGUAUGCGUGAGUGCGUAUGUAUGUGUGUGUGUAUGUGUAUACACCAAACCCAAUUAUAUAGCCAAAAUGAAUCGUGAAUAAAGGAAAUUUAUACAGAA